GAGAGUGCUGCAAUUGAAAAAAGUAUAGUUGCUGUGGAAGAGAAAUCAAAAUAUCCACUGGGAAGAGAUAGCAUAGCCUUGUUAGCAUGGAUAUUUCUAUCUUUUCAAAUGUCCAUCAAUCAGGUUCUUAUUUUUUUUUCCUCCAGAAUUCGAGACCCUUUUCCAUUGAGAUGUUUCGAACAGAUGUGACAACAGGUAACUGUUGUGUAAAAACGUCAAAAAUCAGUUCAGUUUGGUUCUAAAAUCAGGUUCCAUAUUUUUACCUAGAAAUGUCAAGAAAAGUUGUAGUUUCAUAUAUGCAGACAAGAAAACGAAGGGAAUUAACUCUGAAAUAAUGUGAGUAGACCCACCAACAAAUUCGAUAGAAAAUAAGAUGCUGAAUCAACAUGAGGCUGACUCAGGCUUCCUCAGCAGUAACAUGUAGAAGAUUAGCAACAAGGAACCCAUUUACAUAUAAAAAAAUUCUGAUUAUAAAGCCAUGACAAGACAUUAACCUCCUAAUAAUUGAAUAUGGUAACCGAUGCUUUGUCAUUUUCCUUCGUCUUAGCUUUAGUUUUUCCUUCCUUAGUCUUAACAAAAACUCUCUGCUCUUCCUUUCAUUCCCCUCCUCCUUCCCUGUAAUAUGAGAUCAAUGUCUGUAACAUGUUCUUUUCCUCUUCAUAUUCCAGUUAGAACGUCUAGUCCACUUAUAAAACAUGCCAACAAGAUCGUGAUGCUUCAACACAAUCAAGUUCCUGGCAAGAAAGCAUCCACACUUCAGAUCAGAUCCUUCGCCAAGAACAAGGUAUUCGAGGAUCAGUCUCAGGGUAUAAUCUGCUAUAGAGAUGAAAAUGGAGAAAUAGUUUGUGAAGGGUACGAUGAGGGGCCUCGUUUUCCUCAACAGAUUCCUGGAACAUCUUAUCAUCUGAGAGAUGCUGAGAUCCUUGAUCUUCUUCAAGAUAGAUGGCUUCAAAUUGUUAAUGGUGGCGGAGUCAGCAAUGCUAAUAAAGGUGUUAUCAUUGCGCAAGAUGACUCCAAGUGAAUGAUUUUAACAAGUUCCACUAAUAGAAAGCCUGCCUCUUACCAGAUUCCACAGAUUUCAUGAAAUAAUUGUUUCUACAGCAUGUAACAAGAAAGACACUCCAAGUAUUAGAGAUUGUAUAUAGAUAGCUAAAAAACCUAUUUCUCUUGUAAUCACUUUGUUUUUGCAUUAUGAUGAUUAAAGCUCACAGCCCCUUUGGGUUUUUUUGUUAUUUUUCAAUCGAUUACAGGCUAACAGCUGCCUUGCAUAGAUUCUUGUAUCCUAAAAUUUGACUGUAGGGACUGCCAUUUAUGUGAUAAAUGGUCAAACAAAUCAAAGCUUGGAACCUGUCAUUGAUGUUUAUAAUAGAAUAAUUUGAUUGCUCUGAUUUAUCACUCGUCUGGCAAAACAGGAUCUUCCCUAUUAUCGUAUACAAUCAUUUGAUUAUUUUUUUCUUUUUUGGCAGUUGCUGACCAUAUUGUACAUGAAAAUAUAUCAGCAAAAGAUGAAUCCUGCAAACACUUAAUAGCCAUUCAAUUCUGAUUCAUCCUGACCAGUGUGUAAUAAGUACAUGACAUGAUGACGGGAAUCACAAUUCCUUACAUCACAUCAGCAUUAACUUUUGUAAAUGAAAGCCACAGCAAUUAACAAUGAGAAGGCAACAUGUACGCACAAGGGAAGAAUAUAUGAAAGACUGGGAAUUCACCAAAAGAGUCUAAUUCACUGUGGUAGAAAGGUUGACAUAAAAAACAUGUACACGAUGGAAUGCUAAAUACAAGAACAACUAUUUUGUACAAAAAUAUCAUGCAGAGAUCAAGAAAUAUUGGACCUCAGACAGAAAUUUCCCUGGCUUUAGACAGCC